ACGGUGUAUCAAACUCUUGACUGCAACUACCAAAGUGUAUUCAUUUGUUGUUAUUGGCGUGUUCCAUGUUGCAUAGACCAUGCGUGUGUCAUGUAGGCCUACCUUGAGAAAUAUGAUAUGGUCUGCUGCCAGUGUAACGGGGUUGAGGUUAGUUUUCCCUCGGAUCUCGUGAAAAAUAAAUUAUAUCUGUCGCCGGUCUAAUCGAUUUCCACUCUUCUCAGCGGAAUGUGCCGACAAUAUUCAUCAGCGCUUUCUCAAUUCACAAAAAAUCAACCUCCGUUAAUUUUUUAAUGUGAUUUAACUUUUGUAAAUUGUAUAGUUAGUUGGAUUGCGAGCUUUCUUUUGCUUCUGGCCUCUUGGAAAUGCACAGUCAAAAGAGCCGGUCCGGUGUAAGUUUACCUGUUACUUAUGAAGACAACUAUAAAAGCGAUUGUCUCUGUAAUUGUGACAGGGUUUUAAAACAUCAAGGUUGUGUAGGUGGCAAAAAGGAUGAGCUUUUCAAGACCGGCUUUGCUGCCAUCCAACAUGUCAGAGAGAAUAUGUCUCAAUUGAACGGUCGGGUCGGUGCAACGGAAACUGACUUGAUUUUUCUCAAGAGUCUUCUUGAUGGCAAUAUACUGCAAUCUCUAGUCAAGGUUUCUGAUAAAUUAGAAGAACCUGAAAAUUAUCCAAUUGUGCCUGUUUCAACUGGAAACGUCAAACUAUCAAAAGACUUGAAAACUUCUUUUCAGAGGUCAAAGAGUCGAGAAUCUCGCGAGCUUGCGCAUAUUAUUGGAGAUCCUCAUUUUCAGGGACUCCUGCAAGCUCACGACACAAUUGCUGAACAAACGUUUAGUUUCUCGGUGUGGGAAGAAAAGACUGAUUCAAAGUUGCCUAAAACAAACGGUGAAGUCGCAAUGGAGAACUAUAGAAUUGUAGGACUGAGGAAGAAUUUCAAUGAACCACUGGGCUUGACGGUGCAAGUGGACGAGAACGGCUACCUGGUGGUGGCUCGCAUCCUGUCGGGUGGCGCGAUCGACCGCCAAGGCCUGCUGCAGCCGGGUGACGUCAUCCUGGAGGUGAACGGCACUCACGUCGCUACACCCGAGGACCUGCAGCUCGAGGUCGCCAAAGCCAGAGACACUGUCCAGUUCCGCAUUUCUCCCAGUGGCACUGUCGAGAAGGCACUCAAACACCAUCAGUAUUAUGUGAGAGCACUCUUUGAUUACGAUCCGAGCGAAGACAGCUUAAUUCCUUGCAAGGAACUUGGACUGCCAUUCAAGCAGGGAGAUAUUUUGACCGUUCUAAAUCAAAAGGACCCGAACUGGUGGCAGGCCAAGAAGUACGGCUGGAAUGGACCAAUCGGCCUGAUUCCCUCCCUGGAGCUAGAAGAGAGGAGAAAGGCAUUCGUCAAGCCAGAAGCCGAUUACGUUCAUAAGAUUAGCAUAUGUGGUACAAGGAUCUCUAAGAAGAAGCGGAAGGCGCUGUUCCAGUCGAAGUCUAGUAACGAAUAUGACAAGGCCGAGCUGUCGCUGUACGAGGAGGUGGUGCAGAGUCCGCCCUUCAAGCGUCACGUGCUCGCACUGGUCGGUUCGGCCGGCGUCGGCCGCCGCACCCUCAAGAACCGACUCAUCAACAGCGAUCCCGACAAGUUCGGCACUGUCCUUCCAAAAACAUCGCGUCCGCAACGAGAGCUGGAGGAGAACGGUCGCAACUACUGGUUCAUCGAUCGAGAAGCCAUGGAGAAGGAGAUCAGAGAGCACAAGUUUCUGGAGUAUGGUGAGCACAAUGGCCAUCUCUACGGCACAAGUCUUGACUCGAUUCGAGAUGUCGUUCAUCAGGGCAAGAUGUGUGUUCUUGACUGCAGUCCUUCAUCGUUGAAAAUACUGCACAACUCGAAUGAGUUCAAGCCCUAUGUAAUAUUCGUCGCUGCACCCGGAAUGGAGCUGCUGAAAACUCAGUACGACUUUGGACGCAGUACUGGUGCGUCCAGUCGUAAUCUGGCUUUCGAUCGACAGAGCUCCAUCAGGUUCAGUUCUCGACGUGCCCGUACGCUCGAAUCUCUUGCAUCAGUCUAUGAGGAGGACGAUCUUAGACGCACUGUCGAGGAGAGCGCGCUCUUACAGAGAACGUACGAAAAGUACAUCGAUCUGAUUAUUGUGAAUGAGGACUUUGAUGUGACUUUCCGCAAAGUGGUGGAGGCUCUCGACACGCUCGCCUCCGAGCACCAAUGGGUGCCUGUCAACUGGGUCUACUAGUGCCUUUCACUGCUCAUAUCUGCUACUCUAUUAUUUUGCUGUGUCAACUACAUCUUUGAUCGAUCACAUCUAAUGUAAGAAAAGUGUUCAUAGAUUAUUAUUUUAUAAAAUUAUACACUAGUAUUUUAAAGUUAGUUCUAACAAACAAGAUCACUGACUAUAAUGCUUUUUAUUGAAUUGUUUCAAUUAGUCCUACUUGAAAAACUAGCUUUGUAUGUAAAUGUUGCGAAACAUUAUUUAUUCUUUGAGUAGCCUAAGCAUUGUUGAAAAGAACACUCACCUGAUAGUUUUCUGUCCAAGUUUCUGUAAUGAUGAAAAUCGUUAGCAAAAUGUCAGUGAACUGAUCAAAUGAGUCUCAUCAGAGAGAAUCUCGUGUAAGUUAAAUAAUAAUGAUAAAACUUAUCGUUUAAUUCAAGAACACUUGCAUUCUUAAAAACUAUUCAUCAUAAAAACUCAGUAUCUUGAGAAGCUGUUCUCAUACAAUAUCUUGAAACUAAUAAUUUUUUAGUUGAAUAGUAUAUACAUUGUUUCAUAAAUUCUGAUUGAUGUUUGAACAUUUGUCUACAAAUACUAUGUAUUAAAUUAGGCUAUGUUGAAAAGUAUUAAUUACUUUAUUUAUAAUUGUUAUAUUUGGCCAUGUUGAAAAGUAUCGAUUACUUUCGGAAUGCUGGUUAUAUAAUAUAUAGCCUACCGUUUAGUUAGGAUUAGAAUUUUUUACAUUCAAUUUUACAAUUUUUGUUAAUUAUUUAGAAAUUUUAUAGGAUCCCUUGAUUUUGAAACUCAUGAUGCAAAAGCUCUUUAAAAGAUUGACUAUUAAUUUGUCAAAGAUUAAUCUUUCAAGAUUUAAUCUCUAAAUCUUUAAUGUUGAUACAGUAUUUUGUUGAUCCUCCUCGGAAAUUUUACAACCGUAGGCCUUCAUAAUAAAAUAUUCCAGUGAAAUUUUAAACGAAUCCAGGUAACUUGAAAGUCGAAAAUAAUUAUUCAUAAUAAUUUGUAUGAAUGAAUAAAUAAAAAUAAUACAAAUUUGAUUUCAGUACUACAGAAAGGUUAGAACUUCUGUUCAUAAGUUAUGGUCAUUUCUAAUGCGGUUUUGCUAAAAUCAAUCAAAUUUUUGACUACUACUGGACCAUAAUCUUGCCUUGUACUUAGAAAUAAUAAUUCUUGGAUCCCUGAUAAUAGAAAUUUUAACCUGUGAUAUUUUUCCUGGUGGGUUAACAACUCCAGCAAUUGGAAAUCCUUCAGUAACAUUUUGCAAAUUUCUCAUACAAAUGAAUAUUACUACUCGUAAAUGAAUAUUUACUCGUUUUAAUAAACGAGAAAAUGUUUAAUUAAUAUAUUAGCCUAACCAUUACUAUUAUUAUCAACAUCAUGAAUCUUCUUAUUUUUCUUUACUGAACUGUUAUCUCUAUAACGUUUUUUAUGAAAGUGUUAUUUUAUAUUUUUAUUAUUUUAAAGGUUUAUAUUGUUGAUACAACAUCCGUCCUCUUCUAGUAUUACUUUAGUUGAUAUUACACAAAACUUUUUUUCAUUUAUUUAAAUACGGGCAGGUGCUACCCGUGCUCCGAAACUGACAGGCCUGACCUGUUAAAAGCAAAAAUACAUUGAAUUUCGUUUUAUAAUAGUUCUACGCUGAUAUUUUAAAAGUAUUAAAAACUGUAAUAACUAAAACUAAUUAACAAUAGAAAAGUAUUUGAUUGAGUUUUUAUCUUACGUAAACUUUGUAUUAAAAAUAGAAUAAAAUUGUUUAAACUAUCGAAAUUUUAACUAUUCACCUUCCGGCAGUCGCACUGUUGUAAAAAGUACAAAAGUGUCAGUUUUUUUGCUGUACAAAACUAUUGAAUGGGGUGAUGUCAGUGAAUGAGUCACCUAUGCAUUUCAAAAAUUUCUCCUCAUCACUCCACUGAGUUGCAGUAUCAACCGAGCAAUGGUUCAGUCUUUAGGUGCCAUUUAGUCGCGACAGUGCAUAAGUAUGAUAGGGAAAGACUGUAUACGGGGACUGUAAACGAACUAAUAACACAUAAUUGAUGGUUUUGCUUGGUGUACCUACAAAAUGGUAAUCAUCCAAAUGUUUAUAGGCGUAAAAUAAUCCAAUGAGAUGGGAAUAGUAAUUAUACAAUUUAUUAAUUAAUAUGUUUUGACAGUAAACAGAGUACAUAACACUUGGAAAAUUGGAUGUUGUAAAACUUACAACACGCGACUGCUCGUGUGAUUGAGUAGGGCGCGACUACCGGAAGUUUUAUAUAAAAAUUGAUUGAUUAAUACAAAUAAAAGAGCAGCACAUUGCAAUGACCUGCAUCAUUGUAGAAAUCAAUCUGAAAAUAUGCCUAUUGUAAGUUAAUUGAAAAAUUGUAAGUUAAUCAGCUCAAUAGUUCAGACGUGAUGAUGCGUCAAUCAUGUAUUUCUUAUCCUGUACAUGUACAAGCCAAUUCCUUUAUAUAGUAUAGAUAGAUAUCCACAAUACUAGUACAGUAUUUCUGUUUUAAAAAAAUUGUAUUUAUUUUGGUUUUGUGUUUAUCAUUUACGUUGUUGAUUAGUCUUCGAGGAUUGUAAAGGAAAGUUUUAAAACAAUGUUCAGUGAAAAUAUUUUAAACUUUUAAAAUGUUAGCAUUGUCUUUUCAAUGAAUUUUAUUUUGAUUAAUGUGUCAUUUGAUGAAUGUGUCUCAUUCAGUUUUUUAAAAGUCUAUCCUGAUAUAAUUAUGCUAAAUUUUUCUCUAGUUUUCUGUAUGCUACACCCCAUAUUGAGUUGUCUUGUUUAUCAAUGUGUAGGGCGACUUAUUUCAUUAAUAACUAUGCACAAAUAUGAAGUAGCUGGUAUUAAAAAAUGCUAUCUUUGUUGCGUUGAAUUUUUCAAUUUGUUUAAAUAUAAAUAUUGCUUAAUAUUAAAUUGAUAUAUUCUUUGCACUUAGUGAUCAGUGGAAUCACUAUUUCUCUAUUUAAGCUUAUUCAUCUCUUUUGUAAUAAGUUCUAUAUAUUAUUAUGUGCAAAACUAAUAUUUUCUCAUUUUAAGAAAAAUGUCAAUGCUUUUUUGUUUUGUAAGAAACAUACUGUUAAUGAUUACUGUUCCAAGUAGUAAUUGUAAAAAUGUAUAGAAAUGCAACAUAAAAGUAAUGACAUUCCAAAUCCGUCCAUUUUAAUGAAAAAUAAAUGUUUUCAAUUAUAAA